AUGGAGGAUAUCUCUGUUCAUGCAGACAUCCUGCUGAAAAUGGACGUAGAAGUUGAAGGUAUUCCGAAACCAACUAUCCAGUUCUACAAAAAUGGAAAAAUCAUCAAGCAGAGUGAAAGCAUGAGAGUUGUUGAAUCAGGAGAGAAGCAUAGUCUGGUGAUCGAGAAAACUUCACUGAAAGAUUCAGGUUCAUAUUCUGUGGUUGCUUCCAACGAAAUAGCACAAGUUUCCCAAUUCUGGAACUUGGACGUCCACAGCAAACCGAAGGUCAUUCAGAAACUAGGAUCCGACAGGACCGUAUCUCAAGGUCAAAACGUCGAGCUCAAGGUCAAACUCGAAUCAGAGCCCAAACCGGAAGUAAAGUGGUUCAAGGACGAAGAAGAAAUCAAAUCGAGCGAGCACUUCGUCAUCAAAGACGAUGGAGAUUCGUAUAUUCUGAAAAUCACUGGCGCGGUGACAACAGAUGCUGCCAAAUACAAGUGCAAAGCUGUCAAUAUACAUGGUAGCGUGGACGAUGAGGUGACGAUAAACGUGAAGAAACCUCCAAAGAUCAUCCAGGGACUACACGACAUGACGGUGACUGAGCACGACAAAAACGUUACAUUGGAUGUUAAGCUCGAAGCAUUCCCCAAGCCCACUGUGAAAUGGUACCUUGAUGAGAUGGAGGUCCAAGAAACAAGAACAGAGUUCACUCGCAUCGAAUAUGAUGACGGCGUCAAACUGGUCAUCAAGGAAGUGUCUAGCGAACUUUCUGGCCAAUAUACGUGCAAGCUUAGUAACGAGUGUGGUGGUGCAGAAACCAGUGCAAGAUUAACAGUGAAUUGUGCCCCACGCAUCAUCAAGUGCCUGAACGACACCACCGUCGAAGAGGGCGCCACUUUGCACCUAGAAAUCGCCGUGGAGGGCUGUCCCGCGCCCACCGUGAAGUGGCUCAGGAACGGUCGCGAGGUCUCAGCAGACGCACGGAUCAGGAUCAGCCGCGACACGCAGCGGCACGAGACCUACAAUCUGGCCGUAGAUCUGAUCAAGUACGAGGAGCAAGGGGAAUACGAGGUGAUCGUGACGAACUGUCUCGGGACGGUGAGCAGCAAGAGUUUCGUCACCGUGCAUAAAGUGACACAUUCGGAUGCUAUCGAAGAAACCGAAGAACCUGCGAAACAAGUGGAAGUCGAUGUGGUUGAAGACGAACCACAAAGUGCUGAAAUAGCAGAGAAGGAAGACCAAAUCGAAUGCGAACCUGAAAAAUCAAAAAAAGUCGAAAUUCAAGAGGUAGAGGAGCCCAAAAAAGCAGGAGGUCCGAACUAUCAAAAACUAGAAGUAGAUCUGAAAGAAUCCACACUCAAAUCUCAAGAACCUAUCAUAGAAGAACCAGAAUCACCGAACGUUUAUAAAAGAGGAACCUCUGCUAUAAUCGAAGAAGCAGAACACGUUGAAAUCGAAGAAACCUUUCCUCCACGGAAACAAGCGGAAGAAACCGUUCCACUGAAACCGAAACCAAAGAGGGGCAAAUCUGUGCAAAUAGAAGAAAUCGAUAUUAUAGAAAACGCUCAUGGAAGUACCCCUAUAGAAGAAAAAGAGAUAAACACUAAAGUUUUCGAGAAAGCUGCCAAAGUAUUUGAAGAAGAAGAAGUAGUUCAAGAAAUCCCCACAGCAGAAGUCGAUGCCAAGCCAGUUGAGGUGACAGAUAUCAACGUAAAUAGAAAACUUAUGAGAGGUCAAUCCGCUACCAAAGAGCAACUAGAAAUCAAUGAAGAUGUUCUGAAGACUGAACCUCUGAUACCGCUCGAAACGGAAAUAGACUCCCUUGGAAAGACACCUAAAAUUGCAAGAGAAGCGACAAUUGAAAGAUCUGAAAUGAAAGAUAACGAUACGAGUAAUGCUUCAGCAGAUAAACCCAAAGAAAUGCAUGUACAGAGACAAAUCAGUCAGAAAGGAAAGAAGGAAGAUUUAGAAGAUGUUGAUGAAAAAACCGAACAGUUGUUGAGAAAAGCACAGAAGCAGAGGAGCUUGAUUGAAGAAAUGUCCGUGAAGAAGAGUGAAAAUAUUGAAGCUCUACCAAUCAUCUUGGACACCAAUAUGAAGGAUGGGUCGAGGCCGGAGUCCCUGGAGGUGACCUACAUCGUGAGAGGAUUCGCCAAUCCUCCCCCAGUAGCCACAUGGACCUUGGACGGCAAAGAGAUCAGAGCGGAUGGGCAUCUCAGGAUGACCACAUCCCAGAACGGGGAGGAAUUCAAGUUGGAGAUCAGCAAACUGGAGAUGAAGGACGGAGGGGUGUACCAGUGCGUCCUGAGCAAUCCGUUGGGGGAUGUCAAGCAGCGGGCUGUUCUGGAGGUGACACCGGAAAAAGAUUUGAGGAGACCGAAAUUGAAAGAAGGGCUGAAGAAUCAAACGAUUGUGAAGAAGAAUUCUGUAACAUUCAAAGCUGUGAUAGUGGGAGAUCCUGUUCCAGAUGUUGCCUGGUAUUGCAACGGCAGAGAAAUGACCAAUGAAGAAUUCGAAAACAACAAGAUGAUUCUAGAAACUGAAGACCAUGAAAUCGAGGAUGGAUUGAAUGAAUGCACGUAUUCAUUAACCAUCCCAAGAUGUGAUUCUUCUAACUCUGGCAUCUAUACCGUCAAGGCGCGCAACAGGUGGGGCGAGUGCGAGUCCAGCGCCCACCUCACCAUCGUCAUGCGCCCGGAGAUCGACGGCCCUGAUGACGUCACCGUCGUGCCUGGCGAGGCGGCCUUGUUCAAGGUCACGGUGCUGGCCAAUCCAGAGCCAAAGGUCGUGUGGACCAAGGACGAUCGAGUGGUGGAGGGGGAAGGAGUUGAAAUCGUCGAGGACAAGGCCAAUAGGACGUACAAGUUGGUGUUCCACGAGGUCAAGUUGUCUGACGAGGGGUACUACAAGGUGACGGCGACGAACGAUCAGGGGGAGUGCAGCGCUGAGGCUAGGAUGAAGACCAUAAAGGAAGCAGAACCCACUACUGAGAGACCAAAAUUCAUCACUGGCCUGGUCGACGAUCAAAUCGAGCACAAAGGAGAAGCCAUCAUGAUGGUGCGGGCAGACGGUUUGCCGAAACCAGAGAUUCGUUGGUUCCUCAACGGGAAACGCAUUGUGGAAGAUGAGAACCACAAAAUAGAAACGGUCGCAGAGGCCCAAGUCACGAGCAAGCUUAGGAUUUUGAAUUUCGAUGAGCUGAAUUCUGGAAUUUACAAAGCCAUGGCAGUGAACGUAGUCGGAGAAGCUGAAACUACUUCACGAGUUACUAUGCUACAGACUCCACCAUCAUUUGGUAAAAAGUUGGACAGGAAUUCUGACGUCAAUGAAGGAGAACCAUUAGAACUCAAGGCUAAAAUCAACGGUAGUCCCAGACCUACUGUUGCUUGGUUCAAAGAUGGUGAGCCGAUAUCUGCAGAUGAUGGUAACAUAAAAACUACCAUAGUGCCUGAUGGAACUGUCAAGCUGAACAUCGACAAAUGUAAACCUUCCGAUAGUGGAGCGUACAAGUUGGUCGUCAAGAAUCCAAACGGUGAAACCGCAUGCCUUUGUGCAGUUGCAGUAACC